AGGAGGAGGGGGGUGCGCGCUGAUGUCCUCCCUGGUGCGCUCAGCCAACCCCUGCUCUUGUAAUGUAAAGCUGGUAGUAUCCUGGUGUACCGCUGGACAGACUCCGCUCAGAGGACCCCGUUCGCGUACAUCGGUGCCUCACACUUGAGCAGUUACUGUAUCGGGCUCAUUCCGCUGCCACAUUACGCAUGGAAUGGUUUUGGAGGGAUUGGAGUAGAAAUGCUGCGCCGCGCUUCCAGCCCACAACAAGAACCAUGCCCAGCUUACAUUGCAAGCAAAUCUAUGACAUCCUGUUUUAUCCCCCACGACUCUGAUAUGAGAGAAAUUUGCCGGGACACCGACGAGGAGUGAAGGAAACAACAGAGAGCGGACGGGCUGAAGGACGCUGUACUCGCUGCAGACGCUGUUUGUACCGAAAACCUCUGCAUUUAGGAUCUUUUCUUUUUUUUUCUUUUUGAUGGAGCUGGAGAACAUAGUAGCCAACACUGUACUGCUGAAAGCGAGAGAGGGUGGAGGAGGGAAGCGUAAAGGGAGGAGCAAAAAAUGGAAGGAGAUCCUGAGGUUCCCCCAUAUAAGCCAGUGCACUGAGCUGGGAAACAGCAUCGAUAGGGACUAUGUCAACAUCUGUGAGAAACAGCCAAUCGGACGGCUCCUCUUCCGCCUUUACUGUGAGACCAGAUUUAAACUGCAACGAUGCAUCCAGCUACUGGACGCAAUGGAGGACUACGAGGUGACGCCGGAUGAAAAAAGAAAAAGCCGAGGGGACAAGAUCAUCAAGACUUUUCUCUCCAAACAAUCACCUCAGCGUGUAGACAUAGCGGAGGUUUUCGCAGACCAGUGCAGAGAGAACCUCGAGCUCAGUCCAUGUAAGGAGAUCUUCAGCAACUGCCGCAAGGCCGUCCACGAGUACCUGAGCGGAGCUCCAUUCACAGACUACCAGAACAGCAUGUACUUCGACCGCUUCCUGCAGUGGAAGGUGCUGGAGAGGCAACCAAUCACGAAAGACACGUUCAGACAGUACCGAGUGCUGGGGAAGGGCGGAUUCGGAGAGGUGUGUGCCUGUCAGGUCCGAGCCACAGGAAAGAUGUACGCCUGCAAGAAGCUGGAGAAGAAGAGGAUAAAAAAGCGGAAAGGGGAGUCCAUGGCUCUCAACGAGAAGCAGAUUUUAGAGAAAGUCAACAGUAGAUUUGUUGUGAGCCUAGCAUAUGCAUACGAGACCAAAGACGCUCUGUGUCUGGUGCUGACCAUCAUGAACGGAGGAGACCUGAAGUUUCACAUCUACAACAUGGGCACGCCGGGCUUCGAGAAGGACAGGGUCCAGUUUUACGCUGCUCAGAUCUGCUGUGGGCUCGAGCAUUUGCACAGAGAAUCCAUCGUCUACAGGGAUUUGAAACCGGAGAACAUCCUAUUAGAUGACAAUGGACACAUCCGUAUUUCGGACCUGGGACUGGCCAUCAAAGUGCCUGAAGGAGAGCUCAUCAGAGGCAGAGUGGGGACUGUGGGCUAUAUGGCUCCGGAGGUGAUAAACAAUGAGAAGUACGGCAUGAGUCCAGACUGGUGGGGGCUGGGCUGCCUCGUUUACGAGAUGACCGCCGGACGAUCGCCCUUCCGCGCCCGCAAAGAGCGAGUGAAGCGGGAGGAGGUGGAGAGGAGGGUGCAGGAGGAGGAGGAGGAGUACAACGACAAGUUUACAGAGGACACCAAGGCCAUCUGUAGAAUGCUGCUGACCAAAGACCCGAAGCAGAGGCUGGGGUGCCAGGCGGACGGGGCAGCGGGCGUCAAGGCCCACUCGUUCUUCAAAAACAUCAACUUCAAGAGGCUGGAGGCUGGAAUAGUGGAGCCUCCCUUUGUGCCUGAUCCUCGGGCAGUGUACUGUAAGGAUGUUUUGGACAUUGAGCAGUUCUCCACAGUCAAGGGAGUAAAUCUGGACCAAACUGACAACGACUUCUACUCCAAAUUUGCUACAGGCAGUGUUUCCAUCCCAUGGCAGAAUGAGAUGAUUGAAACUGAGUGUUUCAGGGAUUUGAAUGUGUUCGGGCCACAAGGGACGAGACCUCCAGAUCUGGACUGGAAUCAGCCGCCAGAGCCGCCCAGACGCAGCCUGCUGGACAGGAUCUUCAGGAGGCAUCACCCAGAGGUGUCUAUUUCCCACAGCCGCGUGCAGUCUUCCAGUGUAAACUCUGUGGACUCCAUGUCCAACUCUGCCCCCUAGUGGCACAGUGGCAGUGUGGGAGCCACACACACACAAAGGGAAGGAGCUCCGAGGGGCUUCCCCACUGCUGAUUGGUCCACUGCUGGGGCCUGAGCAGCAGCCGGAGACAGCCUGUCUAAAAGCCUAAAUGGUCAGCCCAUGGGGGGAGGGAGGGGAGUUGACCAGGCCCUGAGACCCCGGGCAUUUGUUAGUGGGAUGGUCUAUGUGGCAGAGACGUUUGGAAAUAUUGGGACAAACCUUACUUACCCUCAGGAUUGUUGGACUUUAGAGCAGAGCCACUGACAGAAAAGGAUAGAAAACAAGCUAAUAUUCAGGGGAUCCACUGUAUAAUAAAGACCACCACAGGGAAAAGAAGAUGGGGUCUUGGUGAAUUUUUAUUUAGUUUUUUUGUUUUGUUUUGUUUUGUUUUUCUCAGAAAAGGAAUUUCACUCAUUUUUCAAUCCUUUACUUUCUGGCCUGUAUCUUGUACCCCAAUCUCUCCCAUCUACCCAUCCACACCCAACCAACUCUUACUCUAACUUAUUCUUUCUCUGUAUUUCCACCUCCCAUACCUCAGAUCACUCCUAAACAUUCAGAAACGCAUCACCUCAGCAACCUCAACACAUGAUGUACAUUGCCUUGCGUAUACACUCAGGCCAAAGAUUAACAGUUUAGUUUUGUGAUACUGUCGUCAUGUUAUUGGUUUUUUGAAGGUUUUCAGCCAUCGUUUAGAACCACGAAAGGAUCCGUUUUCUACACUUUCUUCUAAAUAUGAGCCUGCAGACAUAUCAUACCGCUUAAAGCACCCAUACAUACACACACACACACAUACACACACACACAGGUAGACAUACACAGACUGAAUUGUGAGAAUCGUGUUGUGUUUUCAUUGCAUGGACAAGUGUAAGUAUGGACAGCUGUAUCCCUUUUUCGCUUCUGCAUACCUCAUUCCAUAGUGCAACACAAAGACAUCUCCCUCAGUUUACGGUGUCACUUUAUAUUUGACAUUAUGUGGAGUUUGAAAAAUUAAUAUGCUGUACAGAAACUGAAUUCUCUUCUUUAGUUAGUUUUUUUUUUUUUUUUUGCUCAAUUUUCCGCACAGGCCCCCCCCCACCCCCCCAAAAAAAGGAGUGGAGAGGAACCCAUGCACUCAGCCUGACGUACAAGUUGCACAAUUUUUAAACACUGUCAUGCUGUUUUUUCACCAAAUGGAAAUGUUUUUACCUCCGAUCAUUAAGGCACAUUAUUGUACUGCUUGCUUGUUUUCUACAAUCCGAAACUGAAGUGUUCUUGUUCUCCCUAUGCCUUUUUUUCCAUUUAAAACAAAUUGCUGCAAAGCCAUUGCUGUCACGUGUACAGGUUUUUUUAUAUGUUGCCCCUUUGCCCUCUUCGAAAUGCCUCACUAAUCUAAAGGGUCUUCCUCUUGUUUUGUGGCCAGCCGUAAUCAAAAGCUAUGUGAAUGGUUUUAUUAUCUUAUUUGAAUUUAGUUUUUAAUUGGUCCAGUUCAUUCAUGUCAGAGCGGAGGAGGAGAGGAAGACGCGAUGGAUGAUGCAAACACCACACAAAGAAGUGGCCUUCUCGCAGCAGCACAGCCAAUUAAGAGAGGAAGAGCUCGAUCUCUUCUGCUUGGUUUUUUUUUUUUUUUUUUUUUUUUUUUUUUUAAAGAAUGUUGUAUUUUUUCCGAUUUGAGGAAGUGAAAUCCGGUCCAUGCAGUAAUUUUUAAUCCUUACCAAUCUCACACAAGCCUGUUUUUUUUCUCUUUUCUCUAUGAUAUGAAAAGGGAAAAAAAAAAAAAAAAAAAAAAAACCC